UGUAAAUUUCCACGUGGCUGAGUUAUACAGAUAAAUAAUACAAACAAUAAUAUACUGUGAAGUUUAACAACAUGUAAAAAUCUUUGGAUAUUAUAGUAAUGGGUUGCGUUAACGCCUUACACCAGUGGUUUACGGUUGGAAGGCCUGCUGGAGAGUAAUAUAGAACCUAUAUCGUGGAACAUCGUUUUAGGUGGUGAGAAUUUAAGUCUGAAUAUAAAAUACAACCAUGGCUGAAGCAGUAGUGGAGGCGCCUCCACUUUCUAGAUUUUUUUGUCAUAAAUGCAGUGUGGAAAUAACUCCAUUGCUACCGGACUUUGUGUGUCCCAAUUGUUACUUGGGAUUCAUUGAGAGACUAGAAGAACAGCCACAAGAACCAGAAGAAGCUGAAUUUGAAAUGGAAGAUGUUGUUCCAUUGGAGCGGCUGGAAGACCGCAUCACUGAUAUUCUGAUGGGGGUUGGCCGUGGUGGCCUUGAAAGACGUGUACCUCGUGUUCGUGAAAGAGAUGGAGCAGAUGUUCGCCGACCUGGUCCUAGGUUUAGAACUCGUCAGUUGGAACCCAUAGAGCACCUAAUUCAAGAUUUCAUUGUGAAUCUAUCAGGAGUUGGGUGGGGAGCAUUUGGCGGGAGACAAGGAAAUGCACCAGUACUCUUCUUGGGAAACCCAGGAGAUUAUGCAUGGGGGCGAGAGGGUUUGGAUGCAAUUGUAACCCAGCUGUUGAAUCAGAUGGAUGGAACUGGUCCUCCUCCACUUGCUAAGGAUAAAAUUAAAGAAAUUCCCGUUGUGAUGAUUACAGAAGAUCAAGUCAGUAAAAGUCUGCAAUGUUCAGUUUGCUGGGAAGACUUUAGUCUUGAUGAACAUGUUCGCAAGUUACCAUGUGAACAUGUGUACCAUGAAAACUGCAUUAUACCAUGGCUCGAACUGCAUGGGACCUGUCCAAUUUGUAGAAAGACUCUUGGAGAAGAUAUUGAGGAGAUUUCUACUACACCUAGUAGCCCUGUAUCCAGUAUGGCCUCAAGUUUAGCUGCACUGAUACGAGCUGGCAAUGAGUCUAUGGGAGGUCGAAAUUCAUUGGGUUCAUCAUCUGGGACAUCCACGUCCAGCAGUAGUCGCAGUACUCAUCCAUCAGACUUCAACAUGGAUUUAGAAUUUGAUUAGCCUUGAAGUACCUGUUUCUUGAAUUAAACUUUAAUCCCACUCAUAAACUCAUAGCAAAUGAAGGUACUGUUGUUUGUUUAGAAAUGAAUAAAUUGGAUGUACCCAGCAAAGUGCUCAAAUUGAUGUAUAGUAGUUAUUUAUGAUAGCUCUUCCCAUAUGGAGAUGUUUAGUCCCCAUCAUUUUGGAAAGUAUACUUUGUGUGUAUCAUAAAUUUCAUUAUUAGCUUGCUUAACAUGCCUUUUUGCUGCUUGAGUAUUUGUGUGGGACAACACUAUUAAAAUUUCGUUUUGUAAGAUACUCGCUAAAUAAGUCACACUGUCGCCAAGAACAGUAACCAGAACCUGUAGCGAUUCUUACAUGAACAUGUGAGAAAUUGACAUAAGGGUGAUUGAUUUCACUUUUGAAUACUGGCAUCAUGAUGAUACAUUUACAGUAUUUAUAUUUAAAAAUAUUAUCAUUUAUGAACAUUCAGAGGAUGCAAUAAUGCUACAUUUGGACAUCAAUAAUUUGAAUCGUUUACAUGGCAGAAUAUUUCUUCUCCUAUUUACCAGUGAGUGCUGCACAAUCCCACCACUUGCUUCGUCAUACAUAGUAAAAAAAAAAGCUUCGUGAGAAUUGUCACAACAAAAAUUUACCUGAUGGUCUUACCAAACAUCAAAAAUUUUAAUUUUUUUAAGUUCAAUAAUCAGUGGAUUAAAGCUAGCUUUAAUAAUUGGAGCAUAUCUGUAUGUUUCUUUUGGCUGUAAAUAUCAGACUUGCAGAUUCAUUCACUGCUGAAACAAAGAAAGUGCAACAAACUUUUGGUUUUGGUGAGAGCCUGCUAAUUAAAGGAAUCUCAAAUCAAAUGUAGAAUACUGAGAUUUCCAUUAUUUGAAUAUAAAACAUUUUAUUAUUGUCACAGCACUUAUCAGUUAUCUGUACAUAUGGUGUAUACAGCAUAUAACAUCGAAAGUUUACAUAAGUUAAUGGGUGAAUAUUUGUAAAAUUGUCACUGUAAAAAUAUUGCUUUACUUUAUACAUUGCUUUGCUGUAACCAAAAUAAAAAUAAUAAAUGAUAUCAAACAUA